AUGUACACCUACGCAUCCGCAACAAUCACUGUGCCUACGCCAACUGCUCUAGCCACUGGGAAUGCGCAGUACCAAGCUGCCUCCGCCUGGGUUGGUAUUGACGGCUCGAAUUACACGACCGCCAUUCUUCAAACAGGAGUCGACUUCUACGUGCUCAACGGCGAGUCCUGGGUUGAUGUUUGGUAUGAGUGGUACCCAAAUUCCAGUUUGGAUUAUGAUGAAUUGUUGGUCAGCCCCGGGGAUGUGAUUGUUGCGAGUGUGAAUGAGACUUCAACGAGCAAGGCAAUUUGCGUGGUCAAGAAUUUGACGACGGGGGAGAGUGCCACGCAGGUCGUUAUGCUCCAAAGAGUACAGCGACAUUACGCAGAAUGGAUUGUGGAGGAUUUCUCGACGGAGGGUAAUGCCGUUGACUUUGUGGGAUUUGACAAUGUCAGUUUUGAGGGCUGCGUUGCGGAGGAUAGUGUUGGAAGAGUAUAUGACACGGAGGGAGCGAUCGUUUAUGAUUUGGUGAUUAAUGGGGUCGUUGUCGCGGAUGCUGAUGUUCUUGAUGAAAGUAGCAUUUUUGUGACUAGGUUGUGA